AAAAUGAUACUCAUCCAGCAUUCCUGAAUAAUAAGAAUGGGUCCAGAUGUACCUCUGCUGAAUGAUUACAAACAGGAGUUCUUCUUGAAGCGCUUUCCACAGACUGUGCUAGGAGGUCCCCGGUUUAAAUUAGGCUAUUGUGCCCCUCCUUACAUAUAUGUGAAUCAGAUUAUUCUUUUCUUGACACCAUGGGUUUUGGGAGGAGUAGGAACACUUUUGUACCAGUUAGGCAUUAUGAAAGACUACUAUACCGCAGCACUUUCGGGAGGACUGAUGUUUGUUACUGCACUUAUUCUACAGAUGACAAAUCUAUAUGCAAAACAGAAAACAGUGACAGUGGAAAGAAUGCAAAUUCAGAAUACCCUGACAGAUGAAGAUGAGUUUGAAUUUUCCAGCUGUAUAGGUUCCGAGACAGUAAAAUUUAUUAUUCCUGGCAAGAAGUAUAUAAUCAACACUGUAUUUCAUUCCCUUCUGGCAGGGGUAUUGUGUGGGUUGGGAACUUGGUAUUUGCUGCCAAACAGAAUAACCUCACUGUACAGCAACAUUGGAGGAACUGUUAUUAUCUUUGUGUUUGGAUGGGUGACUAUCUGUAUAGGAGAGUAUUCGUUAAUCAUAAAUACAGCUACCGAAACAGCCACUUUCCAAGCACUGGAUACUUAUGAAAUCACUGCUCUGAUGAGACCUUUCUACAUUUUUGUUUUUAUUGCAGUGGAUCUUGCACACAGGUUUGCUGCCAACACACCCAUUCUAGAACAGACAAACCAGAUUUUGCACGUCAUAUUUCUUUUUCUGCCGUUCUUGUGGGCAAUGGGAAUUCUGCCCCCGCUUGAUGCACUUUUUCUAUGGGGAAUGGAACAACUGUUGGAGUUUGGACUAGGAGGUUCACCCAUGUCAAGUAACACAAAGUUAUUAGUAAUGUUUCUCAUUUCUGCUGGAACAGCAAUAGCAUCGUAUUUCAUUCGCAGCACUCUCGGUGUGAUCCUCUUCAUGACUGGAUUUGGGUUCAUACUGAGUCUUAACCUAAGUGAGAUUGGUUUUGCCUUCAAACACACCAUGAUCAGCCAUUUAGCCUCCAGCAAAUCUAAAAAUACGCACAGAGAUCUUAGAAUACAAUUUGGGUGGAGGGAAUUUAUAUUUUAUUUGACUGUCUUGACGUUUGCUCUGAUAGAAGCCAGCCUGCUGCAUCAAUUUGCAGGCUUUUCAUCACUUUCCAAAGCCAGUCCUCAGGCUAUAGCGAGUUACAUUCUGAUGAUAUUACUUAUAAUUAUGUGGAUUCUUAGAGAGAUUCAGAGAGUGUACUUGUUUGGAGUCUUCCGAAACCCUUUUUAUCCAAAGGAUAUCAGGACUGUGACUGUGUUCAUGGAGAAGCAAAGAAGGCUAAUGAAAGUUGGUGUUGUCAGGAGGAUUUUACUAACACUAGUGUCUCCAUUUGCUAUGAUAGCAUUCCUGUCACUAGACCGUUCGCUACAAAAUCUUCAUUCUGUGUCUGUUUGCAUUGGAUUCACAAGAAUAUUUAGGAUGGUGUGGCAGAACACAGAAAAUGCCCUACUGGACAUAGUGGUUGUGUCAAUAGCACAAAUGUUGGUGCUUAAUCCAGACCUCUGGUGGAACAGGAGCCUCGACACAGGAAUCAGACUCUUGCUGGUUGGUGUCGUACGGGAUCGGCUGCUGCAGUUUGUCUCCAAGUUGCAGUUUGCCAUGGCUAUUCUUUUGACAUCGUGGACAGAGAAAAAACAACGUCGUAAAUCUACCACCACCUUGAUCACACUCAAUGUCAUUUUCUUCCCGAUCCUGCUGACCUUCAUCGCCGUCUCUGCGCUCCUUUCUUCUCCCUUGCUGCCGCUCUUCACGCUGCCGGUAUUUUUGAUUGGGUUUCCUAGGCCUGUCCGAAGCUGGCCAGGACCUGUGGGUGCUACAGCGUGUGUUUGCUCCGAUACUGUGUACUACCAGCAGAUGGUUCCAAGUCUGGCUCUUGCUCUGCAGUCUGCGAUAGCAGCCGGGAGCCUAGGUCUCUCUCUACCUGGAUCACAUUACUUGUGCCGCUUUCAGGACAGGCUGAUGUGGAUAUUGGUGCUAGAAAAAGGCUUCACUUACUGUGGUGUUAACAUUAAGGGGCUAGAAUUGCAGGAAACAUCUUGUCAUGCUGCUGAAGCUCACAAAGUUGAUGAAAUUUUUGAAAUGGCCUUUGAACAUCAGGAGCACACAAAGAUUCUCUCUCCUAAUCACCAUUUUGGACACAUUUUGACUCCUUGUACUGUUCUACCUGUGCGGCUGUAUUCUGAUGCCAGAAAUGUGUUAUCUGGAAUAAUUGACUCUCAUGAGAAUUUAAAGCAUCUGAAAGAUGAUUUCAUUAAAGUGCUUGUAUGGAUGCUGGUCCAGUAUUGUUAUAAAAAAUCAAAAACAUGGGAAAGCCCAGGCGAUGGCGACAAGAACAAAAAAGGAUCGUUUCCAGAAAAUCAGAGUAGAGGUGCGGUAGAAAGACCCGGGACUCUGAGGGAAGAGGAUAGCUUUAGUGUUGAUACAAUUGAGGACUGGACUGAUGAUAGUGACAUUUUUGAUCUUGAACCCAGUGGCAGAAGGAAAAACAGAAAAGAACCUGGACAGUUGGGAACCAAAGUACCUUUCUCUAUUCCAGGGUCUGUAGAAACACAGAGUCAAGAUGUCUCACAAGCAAUGUCACCAGAAGAUAAAUUACACAGGGCUGUUGUGCUUGGACUUCCCGCUGUAGACAAAGGGAAACAGCAAGAAGUUUUACCUCAGGUUGAAUUUAGUUGCUCUUACUCAGAGCUGCUGAGCAUCCCUGAAGAAUGGAGAACAGCCCCGGUGCCUUCUUCCAAAGUCCAUGAAAUGAGGCAGAGGUUUCCCGAAGAAUGGUACCGCUUCAUUUUGAGUCAGUUGGACUUUUUUCAUCUGAAAGAAAAGCCUUCAAAUUUACUCGAAGACCUUCUGAAAGAUAAAGCUUUGAAAGACUUGUACAUCCAUGGAGUAUUGUCGUGUUGUUUUGGUCUGUUUGGACUGGAUAACACCGUGCCUGCCCCGAGCCAUGUGUUCAGAGCGUACACCGGUGGUAUUCCGUGGUCUGUUGGUUUGGACUGGCUGACCAGCAAACCAGAGCUAUUCCAACUUGCGUUGAAAGCAUUCAGAUAUACUUUUAAACUUAUGGUUGACAAAGCAAGCCUGGGUCCAGUUGAGAACUUCAAAGAGCUGGUUAAUUACCUGGAAGAAUAUGAAAAUGAUUGGUACAUUGGACUGGUAUCAGAUCUGGAGUGGCAGCAAGCAGUUCUGCAGGAAAAGCCAUACCUUUUUUCACUGGGGCAUGACCCAAACAUGGGAAUUUACACCGGGCGAGUCCUCACUCUUCAGGAACUGUUAGUACAAGUGGGAAAACUUAAUGACGAAGCUGUCCGAGGUCAGUGGGCAAAUCUGUCCUGGGAGCUGCUGUACGCUACAAACGACGACGAGGAACGUUACAGCAUCCAGGCACACCCCGUCCUGCUGCGGAACCUCACUGUGCAAGCUGCCGACCCGCCCCUCGGCUACCCCGUUUAUUCAUCUGAACUUCUGCACCUGCCUUUGUUCUAG